AAUUCCUCACCUAAUCUCUCUCGGCUGAGCCGCCCAACAUUCUCCAACUAUCCUCUCUCUCUCUCUCUCUCUCUCUCUCUCUCUCUCUCUCUCUCUAACUCCUCUAUCUCCAUUAUCCAAUCCCCCAAUAGUCUAUGGAAUGAUCAAUUACCGCACACCCACACCCUCCUCCGACCCAAUCCACAUGAAUCUAUGGUCCUCCUCUAGCGCCGCCUCCACCGUGGCCGACGCCGACGCCUCCAUGGUCGACACCUUCAUGUCCUCCUCCUCCGACCUCACCUCCUUCUGGUCCUCCUCCUACGCCCCCCCUCCCCCCGCCGACGCCGACCGCUCCAAAUCCCACUUCCUCAACCAGGAGACCCUCCAGCAGCGCCUCCUCGCCCUCAUCGAAGGCGCCCGCGAGAGCUGGACCUACGCCAUUUUCUGGCAGUCCUCCGCCGCCGACUACGCCUCCCCCUCCCUCCUCGGCUGGGGCGACGGCUACUACAAGGGCGACGAGAACAAAGUCCCCCGCCAAACCGCCUCCUCCCCCGCCGAGCAGGAGCACCGCAAGAAAGUCCUCCGCGAGCUCAAUUCCCUCAUCUCCGGCCCUCCCGCCGCCGUCGACGACGCCGUCGAUGAAGAGGUCACCGACACCGAGUGGUUUUUCCUUAUUUCGAUGACGCAGUCCUUCGUCAGCGGCUCCGGCCUUCCGGGCCAGGCCUUGUACAGCUCCACCCCGGUCUGGGUCACCGGCAACGAGAGGCUUUUAUCCUCCCACUGCGAGCGGGCCCGCCAGGCCCAGGGCUUCGGGCUUCAAACCCUCGUCUGCAUACCCUCCGCAAACGGCGUCGUAGAGCUCGGCUCCACUGAGCUUAUCUUCCAAAGCUCGGAUCUGAUGAAUAAGGUCAGAGUUCUCUUCAAUUUCAAUGGAACAGAAAUCGCCUCCUCCUCCGCCGCCUCGUGGGCCUUAAACGACAACGAUCCCUCCACCAUCUGGCUCACCGACCCCUCCUCCGCCGCCGUCGAUGUCACCACAAUCGCUCCCUCCAAUCUCCCCACCAAACAAAACCCUAGCUCCAGCAGCUUAACAGAAAUCCCCUUUGUGCAGCAUCAAACGCAGGGUUUCUUCAAUAGAGAGCUCAAUUUCUCCGAAUUCGGAUUGAAUUCGAGCUGUAAGCGUGAGUCUGGAGAGAUGCUGAAUUUUGGGGAGAGUGUGAAGAGAGGGGUUGGGGUUAAGGACGACAAGACGAAGAGGAGAUCGCCGAUGGCCGAGGACGGGAUGAUGUCCUGCUCCUCCGGCGUGCUUUUGAAAUCCGAUAACCAUUUUGAAUCCGAUCAAUCCGAUCUCGAAGCAUCCGUGCUGAAGGACGUCGACAGCAGCAGAGUUGUGAACCCGGAGAAACGGCCUAGGAAGCGCGGGAGGAAGCCGGCUAACGGAAGGGAGGAGCCGCUUAAUCACGUAGAAGCGGAGAGGCAGAGGAGGGAGAAGCUAAAUCAGCGAUUCUAUGCUCUCCGAGCUGUCGUCCCCAACGUGUCGAAAAUGGACAAGGCCUCGCUUCUAGGCGACGCCAUUGCCUACAUCAACGAGCUGAAGUUGAAGGUGCAGAGUGUAGAAUCCGAUAAAGAGGAAUUGAAACGGGAGCUGGAGUCGACAGCUCCAGCUCCAGCCCCUACACGGCUGGGGCAGAACAGCAAUGCCAAGAUCGAUAUGGAGGUAGACGUGAAGAUCAUCGGGUGGGACGCGAUGAUACGAGUGCAGUGUAACAAGAAGAAUCAUCCCGCAGCGAAGCUGAUGGUGGCGCUGAGGGAGCUGGAGCUCGAUGUUAACCACGCUAGUGUCUCAGUUGUGAAUGAUUUGAUGAUACAGCAAGCCACGGUGAAGAUGGAAGCACGCCUUUACACACAAGAACAGCUUAGGGUAGCUUUGAUGUCCAAAGUCGCUGAGAUUAGAUAAAUUAAUUACCACCACCAUUUUAUUAGUCUUAUAAGUAUUAUGUCUGUUGUCACACCUUGCUUCUUGUUAGUACAUAGCAACAAAUUCCAGUAUUUGUGCUUAGUUUCUAUAUAUCCAUAAUCCAUUCUUGUGGCUCUGUUCAUGUUUUCCCAGAAUUAUUGGGAUUUAUACACAUGUGGUUAGUCA